GCAGAUGCGGCCAGGCAAAUCAUAACAAAGGCGGCUGGGAAACUAUAGUGACCUUUGAAAUGUAGCUGUUUUAAUCGUUACUAUUCACUUUUUAGCUUUUACCACGCUGCUAGUGACCAGUUAAGAGUGCCAGGAUAAGCAAAGCAGCGCCACGGCAGCAAACUGAAAAAUGUGAGGCUGAGGCAGCAGAGGUUGGCGUGACUUACACGGUGCAAGAAUUUUUGUGGUAGUGACAUCUUACUGGUGACAGCUUGUCAUGUGUAUGUUUGUAUGUGAGGUUCCAGUUUUCCUGGUGGUACCUGAGCCUCCCAGCUAAUUGUUACCCAAUCCCACUUCACAUUCUUUCUUCCCUCUGAGUGGCUUUGUGCUGACGUUACUCCCAUCUCCAUGUGAGACUUGAAGAAGGAAUGGGUGAAGCAUAGCAAGCAGUGAGGGGCGAUGCAUCUCCCACUGCUGUUGGUGCAAGACUCAGUACUGAAGACCAAAUCACCUUGGCCUAGAUUGACCUGGCUUGGUAAAGAUGGAGGGCGAGUGUGCAGCAUCUCUCAGCAUCUGGUUGGGGAGGUGGACCUGUCCUCUGGUUCCUGCUCCAAGGUGGCCAAACUCACACCUUUCACUAAGACCACUGCUGCUAUCAAUAUUACCUCAGAUGGCAUGUUUGUGUAUGGCAUCUUGAACUCAGGCAAGCUGUUCUUCUGGCACACUGUCACCAACCAGGUGCAGCAGGCAAAAGGGAUUCCUGAGGUGGUUACACACACCACAUCUCCACCAGAUGCAGUGGAGCAAUCCACCUCCCCUGUGCCUGCACACCACGCACCAAAGAUAUUUGCAUCUCCCAGCUGCUCCACAGUUGUGGUGGUCCUGGGGGCCUCUCAGAUCUAUGUUUGGGAAAGGUCAUCUGGAUCUGGAGAGGAGAAGAGUAAUUUGUCCCAGCAUGUCCCAGGCAGCUGGUCUGUGGUUCACUGUCCUAGUCAUGUUUCCUUACCAAGUGUAUACUCCAAAGAAACUCAGAUCUCAUGCUGCUUUAAGUAUAAAGAGCAUAGUUUGGAGCUGCCCAGAGAAGAACUUGUGAGGAGUGCCAUCACCUUCACCUUUCUUGAGUGUUUGUCUGUGGUGUCGAGCACGCUGACCCUCAGGUUGCGGGGCUCCAGGCUCUUCCUUCCUGCCACUCAGUGGGACUCAAAGCUUGUGCCUUUUUCUGCACUUGGCAUACAAGAGAAUGGACUGCAGCAAGUCAAAGGGACCCUAAUUUCAAGUUAUGCUCCUGGACAAAGCCUUCUUGCUGUGGCUGUGAAUUCAUGGAAGCAACAUUCAAAGGUACUGUACAUUCAUCCAUUGUGCAACACUGCUGUGGCAACAAGUGUACAGGAUGUUGUGCCCCACCUCACAAGUAGUAACAGAAGCAAUGCAAGAUCACAGUGGGUGAGUGACCUGGCAUGGUCCCAUGAUGCCCUGUAUCUUUUUGGCUGCCUGAGGUUGGGGUCAUUGUUUGUAGCCACCAGGAUGGGUCCCCUCAUCAAAACGAUGGGUGAGAAGGAAGGAACUAAGAGUCCUGGAGGGAUACCACACACUACGUUUACCAUUUCGCCCCACCCCAAAAAACACCAGAUUCUCCUUUCUUCGGGCCUUAGAGUUUCUGUGCUCAGCCUUCCAUUGGAUGGCAGGAAGGAGGGAGAAGUGGUGGACUGCCUCCUUGCCUCUGCCACCCAUGCCCUUCACCUCCUCUGUAACUCAGCUGUGACUCAUGAUUAUGCUUACAUUCGGGACAGUACCUGGAGGCUGGCCCACUCUGUGCUGGACUUGACACAGGGCCUGGCUAACACCUCAUCAUCCAACCCUCCCAAUAUCAGCUUGUGGGAUAGAAGGGUGAUGGUUGCAACAGACAAGGAUGCCAGUCAAGAGAAGACUCCAGGUGAUGGGGAACUAGUGCCAAUAGAUCAAGUAAUGAAGCCCCUGAUGGCAGCCUGGACCCUUAUUGGUUCCCACAGUGGAGCUCACACCUUGGAAUGGAGGAGGAGGGGAAGUGAAGUUGUAGGGGUGGUGACACGCCUAGUGGCUACACUGCUGCGUAUUACCACCCAUGAUGAUCACCUUGAACACCAGCUGCAGCUCCUCCUUGUACUGCAUUUAUACCACCAGUUUGUGAGGGUCCUCUGUUUGUGGCCAGACUCAUUCUACAUGUGGAGGCCCAUCUUGCUGCUCACUCAUAGGCUCCUCCAUAUUGUGCUGGCUUGUGAAAGGCAUGCAGGAGAGAGGAGCAUGGUCAGCACUCUCCUCAUACUUUCUCAAACUGUGUCUUCACUGGAACACUCACUCACUCAGGCAUUGAAACUCAGACCAGUGGUGUUCCUGCAAGCUCCAUCCAAGGCUAGAAAAGUUCAUGCUGAUGAAGAUGCUGAAGCUGCAGAUCUUGUGUUAUGUUCUGCUGAUGAUGUAAUGGACAAGCAAGAAAUUAAUAGCACUGUCUCUCUUAGAAUGAAGAACAUUUGGCAGUGCUUAUAUGGGAAUGCAAAGAAGGUCUACUCUCAGUUAUCAGGAAAAAAGUUUGAUCAAGAGAGUUAUCGGAAAUCUUUGUUGGUGUUGAAUAUUUUGCAGAAUAAACUUCAGAAUAUUGGCUAUGAUUUUGACCAGAAAAUUAUGAAACUUGGAAAGUGUCGUCAGUUGUAUCUUGACGGCUUAUACCUCAAGGCCAUACAAUCGUGGAAGAUGGAGAUCAUUGCAUGUCUGGCAAAGGGCCAUGGUAAGAAAGUAGUAGCCCAAGACCUUCACUCUAUUCUUUAUGCCUCUUUUGUGCAUGAAAGAUUUCUGGGAAUUUCAGGCUUUAUAAACUGGUUGGAUGAUUUACUCAGGUCUCUCUUGUAUCCAAAGAAACAUUCUAGUUAUCAAAAUAGUCUACAGAUGUCUGCUUCUAGAGCUAAAUGUGAUGAAGUAGAGCUGCCCUGUCAGUUCUCUAAGGUAAACCAAACACCAGUGGUGGAAGGAACAUAUGAAGCAACCACCAAAGAAGACAGUGAGGAAAUAAAAGUAUCUAUGAUGAGAAAAUUAUUAUGUAAGAAAGUUAAUUGUGACAACAAAGUGCAUACAUUCUCUCCAUUGGAGGGAACAUCUAGUGAAAAGUGUGUAGAAAUAAUAACUGUGCCGUGGAUUAUCAGUGCAACACGUCAGAUUAUGGGAAGUUUGGGGCGUCUCUUGGCCUUGGAGACUUUUGGAUGCUGUCCUGAUGUGCCACUGCCUCACAGGCCACAUGCCAUGCCACCACUCUGGACUUUCACAACACAGCCCCAAGGUAAAGUUCAUGAGCUGUCAACCAAGAGAGAUGGAGCAGUUAGUGGGGAGUGGCAUGUGCAUGCUGCAGCUCAAGCUCUGGCACUUGCUGGCUGCUGGGCGGACCUUGCCAUCUUCGCUUCAUGGCUGGAUGAUACCAAGACGGCUCUCAAAGCUGGGAUCUUGGCCAGCUUUAGUGAUAACAAAGUACCAGUACCACCCAGUGUCCUCCCUUUGUAUCAAAUCAAGGCCUUGUUGUGUGAACCCAUCAACUCCACUGUGACAGAGUUUCAUUGUCACCAAGAACUGCUACAAUUAGCAGCAAUGAUCAACUUGGAGAUUCUGCCUGUCAUUCUCGAAGAGUGCUUGGCCAAGAUAAAGGAGCUAAUACCACUUUUUAAAACCUUUGUGCCUUCCCAGAUACACUUGCCAGCUCCGCCUGUGUUCUGUCCUCUUGGUCCACAGGAUGGUGAAGAGCUGCUCUUUCAUGGAGCUCCUGAUAGCAGUCAGAGUGAGAGGAGGCUGAGACAGAAGGUAGGUGGUUGGGUGAGGCUGACAUGUCAAGUGACAAGUGCAGCUGGCAUUGCCUACCCUCUGCUCCUCUCCGUGCAGCAGAAAUACAGCAAGUUGCCCCUGAUGAGUAGUGAAGACCUGAGUGACUUGGUGGAGGCACUGGGUUGCCAUCAGGAGUGCUGGCAGCCGCAGGGGCCAGAGUGGGAGAGAAUCACUUGGCUGUGGCAUCAAGUGGUCACCCUCGUGUGGGUUCUUUACUCCAGAGACAGAUUAUCCCUGGAGAUUCGCAAUCUUGUAAGGAAUGCAUCAGCUGUACAAGAAAACCGAGAUUUCCAAGAAACAUCCAUUUUAGAAAUUCUGUCAUGGGUUCAUGAGCUGAACACUUUAUGUGAACAUGACUCAUGGAGGACUGAGCUUGUUGCCUGUGCUAUUACUGCUGCCAGUGAGGCUCCUCUAAUUCCUGCUGUUGCUGUUGCCUUUGCCAGGGUUGUUCCUCAGCCAGUGCUAAUACCAUCAUUGAUGAAAGACAAGGCAAAGAGGUUGUUUGGUACUUGGAAAAACACAAACAUUGCAGUCAGUGAAGUGGAGCCUCACUUUAAAAUAAAAGAGAAUGAAAUUGAAGAUACUUCUUCACCAAGUGUGUUUACAUUAUUUUCUUUUUAUCAAGAUAGAUGUGAAAAAAUUCUUGAACACAUAUUAUUAGAAGAAGAGAAAAAGGAAACUUUAAAUCUUAUAAGUGAAUGCCCAACAAGUUUCUCUAAUGGAAUCUCAGUUGCUGCAAGAAUCCAAGAGGAAUUUGGAAAAUUCUUAUUUCUUUUUAUUGAAUUAACAUUUAUGCGUGACGUUCAGAAGUUCCCUCAACACAUUUCAUCAAUCCCCUUACUUGUUCAAUUCAGUGAUGUACUAAGGAGAAGAGAGUUUGAAGGAGUAAAACUAAAGAACAUAUUACACCAUCAUGAUAUUGGAAGCAUUACCAGCUCUAUUAAACACCAUAAUCUUAAGUCAUCUAGUGUUAGUAGAAUAAAUACCAGAAGUUCUGUAAACACACCAGAGAAAAAAGGUCUUUUUAGAAGUUUAGAUUACUCCAAAAUGUUGCCCAAAGGCAGUGAAACAAUUUUUAUUCCUUGUGAGAAAAGGCAUAAGACAACCACUCCUUCAAGUACCACAUCUGUUAAUGAGGUUUUGCAUAAUUUUGGAAAAGAAAAUCUAUUAAAAUCAAAGAUGUCAAGUCCAUCUAGGAGGAAGCUGACAAAUCUCUAUUUGCUAGGAAGACGGUCGCGGUCUUUGUCAAGACAGAGGAAGAGGGCUGUGUCCAUCUCUAGACCCAGGAGUCUUUCUGUCAGUGAAGGGAGAGGAGCAAGACGGCAACGAUCACCCAGGCAGUAUUCUGAACCUCUGCACUGGAACACAUCUCAGAAUUCUAAUAAUGGUAUCAAAGACUUACCUCUCCAAAAGCUCCUACAUCUUCCUCAGUGUAUUGGUUAUAACAUAGAGCAAGUAGAGGCUGAGGACACAGUUAAGUUGCUUCAAUGGAUGAUGAGCCAAGAAGGACAGUUUGAUCUCUUAGUGGAAAGUGACUCUUAUAUUGUGAGGAGUUUUGCAAGGAAAAUAGAACUUACUUUAGAUGAUGUGAUACUUUCUUUAAUGUGGAAUGACUUACACAAAUACCUGUCUCACAUGAAAAAUGAGAAAAAUUAUCCUAGGAUGGAAAACAAAAAAAUAAAGAAAAAAAAAGAGAAAAGAAAGCAGAGGACAGAAUCAGUACAUAUGUUUCCAUACAAUAAACAUGUAGCUUCCGAUGACCAUUGUAUAGUUGAUCAGAGGGAAACAUUGCAAGCUAUUUCUUCAACACCAAGUCAUCUAACAAAGCAGUGGAAUGCUACUACCCCCAUAAAUACAUCCAUUAAAAGUAUAGAAUGCAUGUCUGAAGAAUCAAAUAUGGAUGAACAGUUGUGUGCUGAACCGAAUGUUGAAGGCACAAUUAACUCAUAUCUUAGAGAAAGAGAUGAAGAUAAAGAGACAGAUAAUAAAGAUAAUGUGCAAAAUGACAGCAAGCCUGAAGAUUGUCUCUCUUCUCUGCAUGAUUUGCCUGAAGUAAAAUUAAGAAAUAGUUUGGCUGAUUUGAGUGGUUCAGCUGAUGUUCAGAAUCCUAACAAAGGCAGCAGCAUAAAUUCUAAUAAAGAUGAAGAAAGGCAAGAAAUAGAAAGAAGCUCCAAGGAAAAUUCAGAUGCAACUGACACUCCAUGUGAAGACCAAGAUCUACACCAGCACAAUAACUCGCCAACUAGUCAAGUAACCAACCUUUCUUCUAAGAUCUCCAAGAAAAGGAGAAAAACUUCAGAAACAUUGCCUGUAUCUUUUCAGGCAAUGGAGUUAAAACAGGAAGACACAAAUCCUGACAUCCAAACUAUUGAACAAAAUAAUUCAAGAACAGAGAAUCUAAGCAGUGAUGUCUGGUCUUCUUUUAAGACUAACCACAGAAACUGGUCAAGAGAACAACGCCAGAUAAAAGUGCAUGUGCAUGCCAAACAGCCUAAGCAGUCAGUCUUGUGCAGAUUGCCCAGCCUUUCUGCUUUCCAGAGAGCAAGCAAUAUGACUGUGGUUGAAGCUCCUGAGGAAUCAUCUGACCCUGGUGUUGUUCCAUUUGGUCAUCUCCUUCACCUACCUCCUGACACAUCUGUUAGUGAGAUGUUAAUGCCAGCUGAUGCAUUGGUUGGAAAGAAGGCUAGACCAUCUAAGCCAGACCAUGGCACUCCUGAAGACACUCUAGAUGAUAUUACUUUACCAGACUCCUUGCAUGCUUCUGAUCUAGAGGAACAAAGUGGGUCAAGUGCUGCAAGUCAGAACGUGCAUGAUAAUAUUAUGAAGAAAAAUAGGUAUAGGUCUGUUAGUGAAAAAUCAAGAGAUGAAGUAACUGGAUUGUAUGUUCCUCUCCGCAUGAAGAAAAGUGUCACCCAAAGUGAUCUUCACAUUUGGGAUUGUGGAGACCUGAAUCUAAAGCCAGUCAGAUUACAUGUUAAGUCAACUCAUAAAGCCACUUCUAGAAAUGAGACGAAUAAAUUAAAUAGUGAGAAACAUAUUGCACAUAUGGGAAAUAAUAAUGCCUUGAAGUUGUUAACAUUGCCCAAGCUCUCCCCUUCAAGUAAAUGUGAUGGAAAACUGGAGAAAUCUCUGCAACUUAAACCACUUCCAAUAGAUAGUGAAUUUAGAAAUAUUCCAAAAGAAAAGAAAAUGAAUAGAAAUGUAAUUACAAGUAGAUGGUCGCAUCUUGUGCAAGAAACAGUAGAACAUGUAAAACCAUUAACUAUUCCUAGGACUUUUGACUCAAAUCAUAAUGAUAACAUAAAGACCAAAGAUUUGAACUUUAUUAAUCCCAAUCAAGUUUUUGCUUUCUACAGACAGAGUGCUUUUAAAAAAAAUGCAGAAAAAUUUAAGAAACUUCAAGUCUCAAAAAAGUACUUGGCAUCUAGUGGGCAGCCAAAUCUUGAACCUCUCAUCAACAUUGAGAGGAAGGAGAAACCUGGUGAAGUUGUGGAAUAUAUAGACAGAGGAUUCCUGGACCAAGUUAAAGAUUAUGCAGAUAAGUAUAGAAAAGGAGGAUAUGAAAAUAUUUUGAGGAAUGAUAAAGAAAUCAGUGAAAGAGAAAUUACAUUACAUUACAAACCAACAAAUGAUAAGAUAAUGAUUGACAAAAGUACACAGGAUGACCUCCAUUUGUCUGAGGAAAGCAGACCAAUGGAAGGCAGUCAAAAUCCUCCAGAUAAGAGAGAUGUCAUUGGUUCAGAGAAGACAUACUCAGGUACAUUAAAGGACAAUGUGUUGGAGAGGGAGAAAAAAACUGAAAACAGAUUUGGAAAUACUGACUUUUAUGAGAUAAGGCAGAAGACAGUGAAGGCAUCAAAUGUGCAGGUGGGAGGACUUAAUGGUGACAAAGCUUCACCACUCUCUUCAAAAUCAGCAGUACAGACUCAGACUGCAGCUCUCCAGACAGUAGAAGUGUCCGUCUUGACUGACUCUGUUGUGUCUGGCAAGAGUGAGUCUGUUCAAGUUGGAUCACCGCAUCUCUCUCCAACACCACCACCACCACCACCACCACCACCACCACCAAAAGCAAGCAUUACCACCCCAAAGCUCUUUUUUAACACCCACUCACAACUCUCAGCCUCCUUCAAAAACUGGCUCUGCUCAAUGUUUUCUGCAUACUUUAAAAGAAAAACUGAAGAAAGUCCUAAACAAAUCACACACAAUGAUAGCAAUGAGGAAAGCUUAUUGCUGAAACAAACAACACAUCAACUCUUGGAUGGAACUACUGGAAAUGAUUUAAGAGAACACAGACUUCAUAGCCAUACUUCACAAAACCUUGAUAAGGAGUUGUACAUAGUAGCACCUACUUCUUCAAUAUCAGUUACUACAGAUUUACAUGUUAAAAAUGUAACAAUGGACAACCUUUAUGAGGAAUUCUGUAGUGGCAGGGUAUCUUUUGAAGAAUUUUAUCAAAUGAGUUCCAACAUUUCACAAGAUGAAAGGAAAAAAGAACCAUUACAAAAGAUAGACAAGAGGGAAAAUAUUCAGAUGCUAGAGCAACAAGUUCUUGAGGCAGCACAGAGCAUCGGUGAGUCACAACAUAUAGUGGAGAAAGUCCAAUGUCUCAUCCAGGAGUCAGAAGGAAUAGAAACUGAUACACACAUAUCACAAGACUGCAGAUUAGAGGAAAACUCUCCAAGUCAUAGUCAUCAGCAGCAGAAUAACACAGCUGUGGCUAGAAUUUCAAAAGGCGUUGAAUGUCAACAUAAAAAUCGCGGAAAAGUGGAGUCUCUUCUGUGGCUUUUAGAGGCUACUGACUUUGAGAAUGUAACAAGUGCUAUGGUUGAUGAAAUAAUACAUUGUGAAAAUAACACCCACUCAAGUGAAGCCAGGAAAGCAUCAAAACAAGAACAUGAUGGCAUUUUAUUAAGACACAAAAAUAUAGAUAAUACAAUUUUGACUAAUAGCAAUAUAUUGCCAAGGACAAAAGUUGAUGAAAUUUCUGAACACAAGAGUUGUUGUGAGUUGUUACAGAACAGAAUGGAUGCAGACACUACACCGUCAAGUCUGCUGCUAACAGAAGAUAGAAUGAAUCUGCCUUCGUCAAGAACUGAGUCACAAGAACUCCAUCUCAGUUCACCAUUUAUGAAGUCACCAGAUAGCUCCUGUUUUUCAUCCCUUGGCAAUCUGCUUGGAGGAAGCACUUUGUCUCUUGACCAUGAAGAAAAGAUGCAGCAGAGGAGGAAAGAAGUUCGAGUUUGGAUCAAGAAACGGAGGCAAAAGCGCCAAGAACAAGUAAAGGCAAAUCUGUUAGCGACUUUCACCAAACCACACCUUAUUGCAAAUGGAACUCGGGCUACUUCUAGGGAUCAUUCAAGUGUGACAAAACCAGCAGCUGGUAAUGUUACUCCUGAGAAUUUAGGAUUAACUGGGAAGCAGUUACAAGAAAGAAGGAAAGAUAGAGAGGUGAAGCGAGCCAGACAAAGAGAAAGUAACCUAAAAAAACGUGAAGCAGAUAUUGUCAAUCUUCUUAAUGACCAUAAGGAAGAAGCAGCCUUGUAUCAGAGUCAUGUGAAACCUAAGCUUGUAUGUGAAUCUUCAUCAACAUUAACAAAGUUUAGGAAACUACAAGAGCAUAAGUGCAAUUUCAACAGAAACAGCCACCUUGGUAAAAAAUUGCAUGGCAACUGGAAACCUGUGGCUGUACGUGGCUUUGUUCCUCAUGAGAAACCAGAAUUGAAUAGAUAUUUAAAAGAUAGCACAGAAGAGUGGAGAAAGAGACAACUUAGCCAGUUAAGUUCACCUCUUAGUCAGCACUCCUCUGAACAAAGGAGAAACUAUUGUGUUGAAACAAGUUUUGAGGACAAUACAAAUCUGCAAAUGGAAUUUCAUUACUUAAAGAAAUGUUUAGAUAAUAAGAAUAAGGAAAAAAAAACUGGUAUUAAAACUAAAGAAAAGCAGGAAGCAUCAAUGGAUGAGCCAUAUUCCUUAACCCUCCUGAGGGAGGUAGGCAUAACUGGAAAAUGUAUUCCUUCACACUCAGAAUUUGUGAUAAGUAAGAAAGGUGAAACCUCAAGUAGUGAGAGCCGAGACUCUGGUUUACGACAUUUCUUUCCACUAAAUGCAACUCAUACCCUACCAUUAGAUCGCAUAUCUGAGGUAGCAUCAAAUGUAUCAGAGAGUUCAUCACAGGGUCAUCAGGGAGGUGAUGGGGACACAGUAUUGGCCCCUGCUGAGGAGGACACCAGCACAGACUCUUCAUGGACUGUUCCUAAUGAGAUAAGAAAUCUGCUUUACAGUAGUCAGUGAGUGUUGUGUGCCUUAUCCCUCAAGAAAAUACUGUUAAAAACAAAUCAACUGAAAUAGAGUACAAAAUUCUAAAAGAUUAUUGCCUUGUACAAUUUUUGUGCCUGUAGUAUUUAUUUGAGGACUUACAAUGUAUACAAUAUAAUAAAGUAUUCAGCUAUAUUCUUUCUUCAGCUAUAACAUCAUUCCCUUUCUUGCUUUAUUAUGAUUUUUCAUCCAUAUGUUACAUCUACCUUCUAUGUUUCAUAAUGCUAAGUUACUGGUCAGUUAUUAUCUGUAAUCCUCGUAAUAUUUGGUGGUUGUACUCUUACUGUAGUCUACAAUUUAAUUUGUUCAUUUCAUUUACAUUUGUAUAUGCCACUCUUAACUAUCAUUUAUUCUUGGUCUUUCCUUGUGUACCAUUUCCUUAAUUCCAUGUCCAUUUCUUUCUGAUAAAACCUUUUCUCCUCCUCUGUCCUCAGUGUUUUUUUUCCUUGGCUUCUAUGCUUACUUCUUUACUGGACUCACUUUUGAAGGCAGUGUGACAGUUCUUAUCAACAUGUCUUUCCUAUAGGUGUGAAUGUUAAAAGGAUUGCAGAGUAUUAAGGAAUGUAUGUGUCAAAUAAAAGUUGAGAAAAGUAUGUUUAUUUCACAAAUAGUCAUUAAUGAACCUGAACAUUCUGUAAAUAUAAGAGGACAUAACAUUUGUUAUAAUUGUCUCCCAUUUAACAUCAUCUCCUUUUACAUCUUUGUCUCAUAUUUGCUGGAAGCAAAGAAAAGUAAACCAAAAAUGCAUUUUUUGUUACAAUAUCAUACCCAAGAUCUUGAAUGUAUCUAGAAUAUAUUAUGUAUUUGAUGAUACAUUUCACAAACAAUAGAUGUACAUGUAUGUAUGGGACAUGUGAACAAAACCUCAACAGUAAAUUUUCUGUCAGUGA